CUCCCCCCACGCUCUGAUGAGUAGGCUAGAGAGAGAGAGAGAGAGGGGAGCAACUAACCUGCCCACAGUAUCUCACCACUUGCUCUCUGGAAAUGCUUCAGAUGGGCUCCUUGUUAAGGACCGGUUAGCUAUUCCGAUUUUUACGUUGCAAAAAUGACAUUUAUGUUGCUAUCGUUUAGACAUCCAGCGCGUCAUUAGAGUGCGUUCUAGGCUACUUCUGUCAGGGGAAGCGCUCGGGAAACUUGGACCAAAGGGAUGCGCCAACGAGUGCAUAUCUUGGCAAGGAUCAGUGACUGAGGAUCGGAAAUGGCACACAGUGGGCUCUCCCUAUGGAAUGAGACUCUUCAUUUUCCAGCACUAUCGUAAAACUAAUUGAACACAAACAGCUCAUAAGUUCUAAUAUUUCCACGGACAUAAAUCUGUAGCUGUUCUACAAGGCUUGCGGGACGACGGUGGACACCGAAUCCUGCUUUUUGAUGCGGAAAGUUGCAAAUGCUGUGAUUGGAUUGUGUGGCCGCUGAAGUGAUUUUGAUGUCAGCACUGUGGCGGAGGUUUGAGGGUUAGACGCCUGCCUCUGGGAUCACCGGUGGACAUAUACACUGUAUCAGCUGCGGACGGAUCGGCGACGCGACAGGCGCUCAUAGAGAAGUCUCUGGCACAGGCAGAUCUUCUGAUGACCUAAUGGAACUGAAGUUACAAGUAGUGCUGUUCUGGGUCAUGGUGCUGCACUGUGGCUCUACUGAAGGCAGUAUCCUGUACCGGGUCCAGGAGGAGCAGCCUCCCAACACUCUUAUUGGUAGCCUGGCAUCAGACCAGGGCCUGCCAGACUCUGGUCAUCUCUACAAGCUGGAGGUGGGUGCCCCUUACCUCCGUGUCGAUGGAAAGACGGGUGACAUUUUCACCACAGAGAUUCCCAUAGACAGAGAGACACUGAGAGACUGUCGAUCCCUGGCUAAGGGUAAGCCCUGCUACCUGGAAUUUGAAGUAUCGGUGACAGAUCUGAUACAAAACCAGAGCCCACGACUCAUUGAAGGACGCAUUGAGGUACAGGACAUCAAUGACAACACUCCACAGUUUCCCUCUUCUGUGCUCACCAUCUCUGUCCCAGAGAACACGAUCAUGGGGGCGCUGUUCUCCAUACCUCUAGCUACAGACAGGGACUCAGACAGGAAUGGGGUGGCGGAUUAUGCUCUUACUGCAGGGCCAGACGCAGCAACCCUGUUUGGUUUACAGGUGGCUGACGACAGGGGGGGGAAGCUCCCACAGCUCAUUGUCCUGGGCAACCUAGAUCGUGAGUUAAAGGAUUCCUAUGACCUCACCAUCAAGGCAGUGGAUGGAGGGAACCCACAGCGCUACAGCAGUGCUCUGCUGAGAGUGGUAGUAACUGAUGCCAAUGACAACUCUCCCAAGUUUGAAAGGUCCACGUAUGAGGCAGAAGUGUCGGAAAACAGUCCAGUGGGGCACUCUGUGUUGCAGGUCAAAGCAAAUGACUCUGACAUGGGCCCUAACGGAGAAAUUGAGUAUACCCUUCACCAAGCAGUCGACCCAGUGCCGAAACUCUUACGAAUUGAUCGGUCCACUGGCAUUAUCUAUGUCAAAGGAUCCCUGGACAGGGAGGAAAUCAGCAGCUUGUCCUUCUAUGUGGUGGCGAGGGAUAAGGGUCCUCAACCUAAAAGCUCGAAGACAUUUGUAACCAUUGAGGUGACUGACCAAAAUGACAACGCUCCUGCUGUGGAGAUUCGUGGAAUUGGUCUUGUGACACACAGUGAAGGAGUGGCUAACAUUUCAGAGGACAUGCCCGUUGGAACAGCCGUUGCUUUGGUGCAAGUGUCUGACAAGGAUGAGGGAGAGAAUGCUGUGGUCACUUGUGUGGUCGCGGGAGAUGUGCCCUUCCAGCUCCGCCCUGCCAGCGACUCAUCCAGUGACAACAAGAGGAAGUAUUUCCUACAGACCACCACUCCCCUCGACUACGAAAGGAUUAGGGAUUACCGUGUAGAGAUUGUGGCUGUGGAUUCUGGAAAUCCAGCACUUUCUAGUACAAAUUCUCUGAAGGUACAGGUGACUGAUGUGAACGACAACUCUCCAAUAUUCUCGCCAACCGUGUUUGAGGUAGAUUUUGCUGAAGAAAACCAACCAGGUGAGAAGGUUUUGGAUGUUAUAGCGUCGGAUGCUGACAGUGGCACUAACGCAGAACUCCUCUAUAAUAUUGUGGCGGACUCAUCCAUCAAAGGUCUGUUUGAGAUUGACCCAAAUACAGGCGAAGUAAGAGCCCGAAGCCCGCUUGACCGUGAGCAUAAAGAACGCUACGAGUUCCGGGUCACUGCAGCAGAUAAAGGGUCACCUGUUCAUAAAGGUACAGCAACUGUUGUAAUCAAAGUUCUUGACCGCAAUGACAAUGACCCCAAGUUCAUGCUUAGUGGCUACAGCUUUUCAGUUUUGGAAAACAUGCCUCCCCUCAGUCCAGUUGGCAUGGUGACAGUCCUGGAUGUAGACAAAGGUGAAAACGCCCAUGUUCACCUCUCUGUAGAGCCUGAUGGAGGGAAGUUUGUUGUUCAAAAUGGAACAGGCACCAUUCUUUCAAGCAUCUCAUUUGACAGGGAGAAAGAGAGCAGCUAUACUUUCCGUCUAAAAGCAGUGGAUGAAGGAGAGCCACCUCGGUCUUCAUAUGUGGGCGUUACCAUCAAUGUACUGGAUGAAAAUGACAAUGACCCUGUGGUCACAAAGCCCUCCAAUUCCUCUUUCAGGCGUUUGUCACCUCUAGCUUCCCCAGAUAGCCAUGUUGAGGUAGUGGAAGCUGAAGACCUGGAUAGUGGGCCUAACGCAGAGCUGGUCUUCAGUAUUACUGGUGGAAACCCUUACCAGUUAUUUCGCAUUUCCCCCUCCAGUGGGGAGAUCACUCUAGCAAAAGAGAUGACCCGCAAACAUGGUGGACUUCAUCGCCUAGUAGUGCGUGUGAGUGACAGGGGGAAGCCUGCACGUCAUGCCACUGCCCUGGUCCACAUCUAUGUCAAUGAAACCAUUUCAAAUGUCAGCUUAGUGGAGGCCCUAGUAGGACACAGUCUUUACACUCCACUGGACAGGGACAUUGCUGGUGAUCCUAACAAUGGUUUUGCUGCACAGCGUAGCAACAUUUUGUUUGGAAGCCUUGCCGGUGUGGCAGGUGUUGUCAUGUUGAUAUUGGUGGUGGUAUUUAUUCGACACCGCAUCCAGAGAGAAACGAAGAGUGGGUAUCAGGCUGGCAAGAAGGAAACUAAGGACUUAUAUGCACCCAAACAGGCACCAAAGAAUGCCAAAGGCAAACGAGGAAGGAAAGGAAAACCCCAAAAGUCCCCAAAACCACUCGGUGAAGAUGAGAAAGUCAGCCUUCAAAAGAGCCUCAAGUUCAACCUUGAUGGAGUCAAUGAUAGCCCCAGGAUACACCUGCCCUUAACGUAUUCACCAGGAAGUCCUGAUAUAGGAAGACACUACCGCUCCAACUCCCCCUUACCCUCCAUCCAGCUGCAGGCCCAAUCCCCUUCAGCCUCUCAGAAACAUCAGGCUGUCCAGGACCUUCCUGCCGCCAACACCUUUGUAGGGACGGGAGGAGAUGACAACUCUACCGGCUCAGAUCAGUACUCAGAUUACAGCUACAAGACCAGCCAACUCAAGUACAGCAACAAACAGGCGCAUACGUGGUUCUGCGAGUGGCACAUGCAUCCCCAUCGGCGAGUGACCUUCUCCACCACCAACCCUGUGCAGGACCUGCAGGACGCCUCUCAGCACAGCUACUAUGACAGCGGCUUGGAGGAAUCGGAGACUCCCAGCAGUAAGUCAUCAUCUGGUCCUCGCAUCGGACCCCUGACCCUGCCUGAGGACCACUAUGAGAGAACCACUCCAGAUGGCAGCAUUGGAGAGACCGAGCACCCUGAAAACGAUAUCCGCUCCCUCCCUGAUGUGGCAAUGACCGGAAACUGUACAACCGAGUGCAGUGAAUUGGGCCACUCAGACGCCUGCUGGAUGCCCGGGCAUCCAUCCCCCGUACGCAAGACCAGGAACCCCCCGAAACUCUCCACCUUCGUGCCUUACCAGGAGAGAGGGAGCCUGGGACGCCUGGCUAACGGGAGCGCCAGGCUGGGUGGCGAGGAGCACCGGUCGCGCCUUCCGCCCUCCCGCAGUGCCUAUUCCAACAGUGGUCACGACGCCAGUCAGGACUGCCCCUUAGAGGAGAUGCCCCUGAGCGUAGCCUCUGAGUUCCCCCCCACCUCCCCCUCUGCCCACACUCCAAAAAGAGAAAUUUACCUGUGAGGAAUAUCGUCAUCUGAUUGGUGCACAAAUGAAGAAAAGGUACACCCACUUCAGAAGGAAAAACAGGCUGUCUACAUGCUAAAGCCAAUGCCCGUUUUGUAGUUUACAGUAGGCUGUGACUCAUUCAAUCACUGGCAUGAACACUUGUUUUUUGUCAUUUCCUUCUUAAAUUAUUAAUUUAUUAGCAUAUUUAUUAAGAAUUCCACAAAGUUAAUUGAUGCACUCACUCAUUUAUUUAUACGAAAUCGUGAAGGAUACAAUUCUAACUGAUCAAAAGGAAAUGCAGAUGGCAAUUGCUACUUUAGUAGUAACUAAUUAUUGUUGUAGUUAGCCAAGUCCCAUUCUGUGAAGUGAUCUCUUGAAUUUGAAAGUUGUGAACAGUGCUCUUGUGCCAUUAUUACCUAUCAUUUAAUAGACAGCCAGGCCCUACCUACAGGCAUAACACUUUUGACUAACAAUCAAAUGAAACGGUCUCUCUUAAUGUACAGUGCUGUAAAUACAUUUGAAUGGUGUGUUCUACAUAUAUUUUUGUCUGGCAUAAGCUGAAAAAAAUUGCCUCAGAAUUCUAGCAUAUUUAAGCUUUUCUUUGCUGCUGCUGUUUAAACUUGAUUGAAACCAUCUCCAGAAGUGGAGUUCGAUAUUGUGGAAAGGCAUUUAUCCGCUCCUCACAAUCACAUACACCUUGGACCCCUAAUCAUAGUAGAAUAGCCUUUACCUCUGCUCCCUGUAGUGCUCUGCCACUGGUGGAGAAGGCUGUGUGGCAACAUUUAAACUGACAUUAUGUUCCACUGACUCUCAGCACUGUGACCUGUCGUUCAUCAUGUAAACGGUUGACUUGGCCACAGUACCCCAGAGUCACAAUGACCAAACGCAGAGUACUCACAAGAACCAUUCUGAUUGGCUUUUUAUAUAAAACCUUAUGACACACUCUGUUGAUGAAAUCAUACCAGUGUGUCAUUUUUAAAAGCGCUACUCUGUCGCGACAUCUCCCCUUAUGAUCCAUAAGAACUUCUGUAGAUCGGAUUAAUGCAUAAAGAGGUAUUUACAUAAAAGGGCACUUGAACAUGGAGAACCACUGGAGAGAUUGAGCACUUGGAAGUUACUACAUGAGUGCUCUUUGUUGAGAGUAAAUUCUUUGUGUUUUAAAGUAGCAGCUCUCUCUAGAUGAAUACUUCUUCAGAGGUGAAUUCAAUACACAGUGCACACUGGAAUAAGUGAAUUCACAGAUAGUGUGGACCUUGAAGUCUAAUGAAUAGAUUUGAAGAAUUCUUGGGAGUUAUUGUCAAUAACAUGGGACAUUUCUAAAUAAAUGUUUGGUUUCAUGUGAGUGGAUAACAUUUGCAAAUGCAGAAUAUCGUUGAGCUUAAACGUAUACGUUUAUAGUAGGAGUCUCAGCUCGAUUUACUGCAAUUCCUGUUAACUAUGAUUUUCACUCUAUUGAGGACAACAUGUUUAAUAAAUUAAUAGCCAUUUUCCUCCUUCUGGCUAUAAAAGAUAGAAUAAAAAAUAGGGCAUGCCCGUGGGCUUCAUUUAUCUUUACAAAGAAUUUCCAAGUGAAUCUGAAGGAAAUUUCUGAAGGACACUGUGUAUUUGUCAGUAAUUGGAUGUUAAUGAUGACAACACUAGGGCUGCCUUACAACAUUGUAGACUGAGCCUGUGUCUUUGAUUUAAACAUUGAUUUGAUUAGAUUUGUAGAUACCUUUCACCUCUGCAGAGUAUUUCCAUAGUGAGAUUGUGUGUCUGAGGAAGGGUGGAGGAGCCUUCAAUGGACAUUUCCUAAUUAGGGUGAGUAAUGAGUCCUGAGCUGGGGCAUGUGUGAGCACACCCCCAGGACACGGCACCCACCAGAUAAUGCAAAUCCACCCGCAAAGCUACAAUCAGUUAAAAGGGGUAUUUUUAUCAGCACUUACCUCAUCAUGCUGUCAUUGAAAACUGCGUUUAGAAUAAUUAAACUGAAAACAUAUGGAAAUUACUGGACAUGGCCAUGAUUAAAUAAGGUCGGCGAUUAUCCUGCCUUGAGGGGGAGAAAGCACAUUAUGCCGUUUUCAAAGCCAUUUAGCGACUGAAAUAAAAAUUCAAACAACAGCCAUGAUACACUGUGAUGAAACCCCCACAGCUCCCCCAAGCACCCUUCUCAGAGCUGCAGAUAGCACCAUUCACGAACUCAAAGCAGUGGCUAAACCACUGACCUGGAAUUAAUGAUAAGUGAGGAAGAUAGCAAUGAGUGAUAAAACCAAUGUCACAUAGCCUCAAUCACAAUUUUAUCUAUUGAAAUGCUUGGACUUGAUUCAGAUUCACAAUUGCUUUGCAUCCAGAUUUAUCUCGGGGGAUAAAUCUUAACCUGAUUCCAGCCUAAGUACACUUAUCGCUUUCGGGAAUCUGGAAUCUUCAGAUUUAUCUCUUUGAUCGCCAAUACAUGAAGUAAAUGGGGCAACUCUUAGCAGAUAAGCGUAAUCAUCGGUUGUUGCUCCGAACGGAAUGACAGGAGUUUGAUUUAAGUCCUCUGCAAAAUAAAACAAAAAAACAAGCCUGGGCCUAUUUUCCCCCUCUCUUAAGGAGUUGGACUCUUUCACUCCAGCCGAUAAUGACCUCCUGCUACUCACCCCUGGAACAAUUUAUCACCAGGUUUGACCUUUCUUUUGAACUCAUGCUGAAUGAACUGUGUUUACUUCUCUCUCAAACACAGAAUGGUUCUCCUUGAUUAAAGUAAGAGAACAUCAUGAAGCACCUAAAUACACUCAAAAGUAUGUUGAAUAAUGUUUAAUUUGUACUUAACAUUGAUUUAAUGUUGAAUUCACUUGAGUAUCUUUUGCCUCUCUGUAGUGUGUAUCGUAUGGUGAUCAUUUCUGUGGACAGAUGGACAAAUUGCUGUACUGAAAUUGGCAAAGGAUUUUUUUUUUCUUACUGAUCAAAGACUCUUGGAAAAGUGAUUGUGUGAAAAAAUAUUGAAAUCUUUUGGUGGUGUAGUGUACAUAGAUCUCCACAACCCUGCAUCUGCUGUCAAGCAGGCGGUGAUUUAAGCAUGAAUUCCAAAGAUAAUUGGUAGAAACUGUUUACUCUUUUCCUUUACUUUCUGAAAUGUCAGUGCUGGUUCAUAUUCAAAAGGCCCUCUCCCAAAACAACCUGAAAUUAACUUAACAUUUCAUCUUUUUCACAGUUCAUCUAGAACAAAGCCUUGAAAAUAUGUCUUUGCGAGAGAGAAUCUAGUUGUUAUCCUAAUUGUUGGUAUAUUUAUAUAGGAUAAAAUGCUUGUGAUGCCAUGUUUUUGUACAGUUUUAUGUACAUACAAGUGAAGCUUUCUAAAAGUUCUGAGAAAAGCCGAUGGCAUAUAAAAAUUGUAACAUGUUUUCUUGAGAUGUGCACAUCUUGCCUUGGUUGGAUUGACCUUUGCUGAGUCAGUGUGAAUGUGGCCGUUCUAUGCCUGCACUGUAGUCAUUCACCGGCUCCCACCUCCUGAGGACUUAAUCAGUUUUUAUGUUUAUUGUGAACAGUGGAUCGUCUUAUCUUACCAGUUUGUUAAACUCCUGUGUUCUGCUUUGUUCUGUUUUCGCAUGUUGACAAAUUCUCUUGUAAUACUGUAAGUCCUCAUGAACUUUGUAAUAAAAUCACUUCAGGGAAAAAAUAAA